AUGCGUCCCAUCUCACUCAUCACAGCUGUUAUUCUCCCACUCGCUUUUGCGGCACCUGUGCCUGAUCAAGACACUACUCCUCAAAUUGUUCCCAUUCCACCUCCUGCAGUAAUACAGGCUCUCAUCGACGCUGGCCUUGGCCAAUUUGCCACUCCCGCCGACAUAGCAUACAUCAAUGGCGCUAUAGCCGCUGCUGAAGCUGCCGCCGCUGCCACGGAGAAAGCUGGUGGUUCCAGCAAGAGACAGGAUUUGGGAUUGGGAUCAUUGACGAGUACAUUGGAACCUAUUCUAGGUAUACUCGGGGGAUUAGGGCUGGGGUUGAAAGAACGAGAUGAGAUUGUGAAGAGACAGGAUCUGGGAUUAGGAUCAGUGACAAGUGCAUUGGAACCCAUUCUGGGUAUACUCGGGGGCUUAGGACUGGGAUUGAAAGAACGAGAUGAGAUUUUGAAGAGACAGGAUUUGGCCGGAGAAUUAGGUCCUCUUCUCAGUAUACUCGGAGGCUUAGGGCUGGGGUUGAAAGAACGAGAUGAGAUUGUGAAGAGACAGAGUCUUCCUGAUAUUGGUAAUAUUGUUGGGAAUGUUCCGGGUGUUGCGACUGUAACGGGGAUUCCCAGUGAUGUACCACUUAUAGGACCCCUUCUGGGAGGAAUUUUGCAGAAUCCGACUGGUGUCGUUACUUCUGUAUUGGGAGGUGGACUCAAAGAGAAAGCCAAGAGACGCCAGGAAGUUGCUGCUGCUAUGAAAGGAUAGAAUGAUAACGGAAUAUGAGUUAGUAGGGGAUCUAGAAGGAAAGGAGGAGAUUGUCAGGCUUUUGAAUGAUGCACAUGAGAGGGUGGAUGGCUAUGGCUGGAAGAUUAUUUAAACUGUCUUUGAGCC